GUGUUUCUCGCUGCUGUCUAUUCCAAAUCCUCAUGCCCUCUUUGGAAUGGCCAUCUUAUCUUCACACGGGGACUCCUAAUUCUCAUCACCCAUUCCACAGACCUGUUCGGGCACUCUAAAUUCGUAGAGGACUGAUCGUUAUUCACUGUCUCCACGACGAAUGUUUAAACUGUCCACCAAGCAGGAUUUAAAUAAAGAAGGGGACCAUCAUAUUUUCAGUCAUUUUUUACCCACAUCUUGCCUCUUGAUGAGCUUUGGAAACUUUCUAUGACCCAUCAAAUCCUCUUUCGACAAUUACAUAUUGAUUGAUCACACAGAAUUCUAUCUUACCGAUCUCCGAUGAACACACUCCUCUACCUUGCACCGACUGUGUCACCCUCCAACUCCGUGCCCACCUCAACUACGGCUCUCUUCGCGUCUACUUCAAAUUCCUCAACCAUGUCGAGUCCACCCACAAUACAUCGUUCUUUAACUUGUCCCUCAUCUAUACCUUUGCCACCAUCUCAUCCAACCCCAAUAUUCAAAUAUGACGAUGUUGGGAUGAGCCGAACAGCAAAUCAUACGUGCCAAGAGCCACAAAGCACUGAUAACUCCGGGGCGAUCAAAGAAAACAAUAUAGACGUCCCGGACACACCGAUAGCUAUUGUGUGGCCACCAUGGAAAAGACGGGACGGCUGGUCCGGGUGGAUGGGGGAUACUGUCACCGCUGAUUCACUGGUAUGGAGUCUGAUCAUCCAAGCUUUUUCCACGGGGAUCUUGGAUGCAACUACGUCCUUAGACUUCAGUACUUUUGCCUCCAACCAAACGGGUAACACUAUUCUACUUACCGUUGCUAUCGUCCGACUGUCCGGCCAUCUACUUCUUCUCACUGGUGUAUCGCUCGCCAGUUUCCUUAGUGGUGCUUUGGUAUUCGGGCAUCUUGGACAUUUUUUUGGUUUGAGGCGCCGCGCUUGGCUUUUGACAAACGUCUUUUUCCAGCUUGUUUGCCUCACCCUAGCGGCCAUUUUCCUUUCCCCAUCAGGUCCUGUAGCUACCCGACUGGGGAACAAACAUGACUGGACAAUUAUCAUGUUGUUUGCGAUGAUGUCUGGAGCGCAGGUGGCUGCUGCACGUCAAGCCUCGGUGCAAGAGAUCCCCACUGCGCCCAUGACGUCCUCUUAUGUUGACCUUGUCAGCGACAAACAUCUCUUUGUGGGCUUCACCCAUAAGAAAGCUGGGGCCAGAAAUCGAAGGCUGGGGUACGUGUUGGCAAUGAUUACUGGAAGUUUUAUUGGAGCAAUAAUGCACAAGUACGCGGGAAGCUGGGUGGUGGUGGUGGUCGCAAUGGGAUUUAAGUUCGCUGUGCUCUUGCUGAUGAGUGUUGCUCCGGCAGACCCCCGGAAAGAGAGGCCGGAACGUGUUUAAUGUUAAGAAUAUUACCUUGUU